UAACUUUUAAAAACCCUAUUCGUCAGUAUAAAAACGUCGUCCCCGUUGCAGCCCUUCCUAAAACCCUAGGCCGCUCCUGAUUCCCUGGUAACCAAACUUUCGUAUGGCGAUUUUGAACCGCCUAAGCCGAGCUGCCGCCCUCGCGUCGUCAAUCCUUAAAGACUACUCUUCCUCCGCGAUCCGACCUUCCCGUUUUCCUCUUUCAAAUCCUCGUUUCCUUACAGCGUCCCUUUUAGGAAACUCUAGCUUCCGAAUUCCCGCGCAGGGCCCUUCGUCGUCCUUCCACUCUUCGAUUCCAUGCUCUAUCAGGCGGGUUGAUUCUGACCAGGGUAGUAAAAUACCAGAGGAUGAAAUCCUGUUCGAGGGAUGCGAUUACAAUCAUUGGCUUAUCACCAUGGACUUUCCCAAGGACCCGAAGCCCUCUCCCGAGGAGAUGGUUGAGACCUACGUCCAAACUCUGGCUAAGGUCGUCGGCAGCGUGGAGGAGGCAAAAAAGAGAAUGUAUGCCUGUAGUACGACUACUUACAAUGGUUUUCAAGCCGUAAUGACUGAGGAGAUGUCUGAGAAGUUUAGAGGCCUGCCUGGAGUUGUUUUCAUUCUGCCUGAUUCCUAUAUUGAUCCAGUGAACAAGCAGUAUGGAGGGGAUAAGUAUGAUAAUGGAGUUAUUACUCCAAGGCCCCCACCUAUUCAAUAUGGAAGGCAAGGGAGAUACGGUGAUAGGAAUAGGAGAUACGAACAACCAAGAUAUGAGAGGCCAAGAUUUUCAUCACCAAUGCAAGGAAGAGAUUCGCCACCUCAAAACGAUCAUCCUCAAACGUAUCAAGGAAACCCACCUAACGAAUAUCAAGGUUCGACACAAGGAUACGGACGAAAUUAUACUCCACAACAAAACUUCGUUCCACACGGACAAGAUGGAACGAAUUGUGGUCCGCCUGGUGACAUCCAGCAUGGAUACUCAUCGAUGCAGCAAGGUUAUCCACAAAGGCCGGAAGGCCCCCAACAAGGAUAUGGAAGAAACUAUGGCUCGCCACAAAAUUACGGCCCACCACCACAAAAUUAUGGCGCACCUCAAAACUAUGGCCCACCGCAAAACUAUGGCCCACCGCAAAACUAUGGCCCGCCACAAAACUAUGGUCCACCUCAGCAAGAUGGAGGGAGCUAUGGUCGACUUGGCGACGCGCAGCGAGGAUACUCCCCAAUGCAACAUGGAAAUUCACAGAUGCAACCAGGAAAUCAACAAUAUUCGCGCAAUGUUCCGACGCAAGACGGAGGUUAUGCUCCGCAGCAGAACUAUGGUCCAUCUGGAGAUAGAGAACGUGAAUAAGGUGGAGACUUGGCUCCAACUGGAGAGUUAGGAGUUCUCACGAACACGACCGCUAAUUACUGGUUAAAUCAAGAUAAAUUUCAAUUUAAUGUGCCAUGUAAUUUAUAUAUUUAGGAUUUUAAGUCUUCUUAUUUCAGCGUGAGUCUGUGUUGAGUUAUAUUUGGAACGGGAACUACAGUUUUGAGACAAGAUGAGCUUGAAUUGUCUGUUGGUUUUGUGAUUUUUUGAUAUUUCUCUUUA